AUGGCCUCCCCCCUCCCCGCUCAAGCCUCGUGCCUGCAGGGCCAGCGCUACACGGACGGCCACUUCCUCAACGCGCGCGGCCAGAAGCUCUUCUACUGCGCGGCCUUCCCGCCGGCCUCGGUGCCACUGCGCGGCGUGGCGCUCUUCCUGCACGGCGUCGGGGAGCACGCGCUGCGCUUCACGCACGUGUACAAGCACCUGCGCCUCAGUGGCUACGGCGUGAUCGCGUACGACAUGCUGGGCCAUGGCCAGAGCGAGUGCGAGGAGCCCGGCCUGCGGGCCCACGGGUCGGAGUUCCACUACUUCGUGGACGACACCAACGCCUUCGUGACGGCCGCCAAGCUCUCGGUGUACAGUAAAAUGCUGCCGGAGGGCGCGUCCGAGCCGCCGAUGAUCAUCAUGGGCAUCUCCUUCGGGGCUCUCGUGGCCCUAAACACCAUCCUGUCGGGCAAGCACCACUUCAGCGGCUGCGUGGUGGCCUCCCCAGCCAUCGCCGUCGAGUACACGCCCACGCUCCGCAUCAUGGAGACGGUGUCCAAGCCGCUUGUGUGGAUGUUCCCGAAGGCCAGGUUGGUGGCUGGGGUGAAUUUUGAAGGCCUGACGCGCGACCCGGAGUUCCUCAAGGACUACAUGGCAGACCCAUUGAACGUCACGGACAACCUGACCACGCUCAUGGCGACGCAGAUCGGACUGGGGAUGAAGCAGUUGCAGACCAGUACGCAGAUCGAAGACGCGAACAGCACGUUCUGUAAGGUCCCACUGCUGGUGCUGCAAGGAACGGAGGAUAAGGUUACCAGUGUGAAGGUCGUGGAAGACUUUAUGGGCCGUGCGGCAAGCAAGGACAAGGAGCUCAAGCUGUUCCCCGGACUCUUCCACUGCCUUUGGAACGAACCGGAGAAGCAGCAGGUAAUGAAGUAUGCAACCAAUUGGCUCAACGCGCGGUUUGCCUCGCCGGCAGUACCCCAUGAGAUGGAUGCAACCUCCCUCGGUGCCUCGAAGCUAUAG